CUUUCUUUUUAAAAUAGUAUAAUUCUAGUUCAACUAAUCUAAAUUAGUUGUUUAUAUUUGAGUAUUAAAGCUAUUUAUUUUGAUUCGUGAUAAUCACAAUGGUUCUAAAAAUAUUGUAAUGUUUUUAAUACAAAAUUUGUUGUCGUAUUAUAAGCAAAAAACGAAAAUUGCUGGCCAAUGCAGUAGUACUCCGCAAUGUCGUUGUUUGAAAAUUGAUACAUGUUCCGAUGACUAUUUUAAUAAUCAAAAGUCUUUACGUUCAAUUCCGUUGUGGGAAGAACAUCAAGUCGAUUCAAACACAUGUCAUUCAAAGGAAGUCCAAUUAAACAAAACAUCCAUUAAACCAAAAAUUUUUGAGCAAGAAGUAGAAACUGUUGAUUUCUCUAAACCCGCCCAACUCAUUAACCAUGGGCAUGAAAAAGAUCCUUGUUGUUCAUCCAGUCAAACCAAGGAUACCAAUAGAAACCUAGUUGCUUUCGACGUAUGGUCUGAAAUUGACAGAGAAACAUCGUGGAAUGAAGUGUCGUCUAAUGAAAGCAAGAAUUCAUCUGCUUUCCGUGGGUUAUUAGGAAAUUUAAAAAAAUCCGUAGUAAGAGAUGGGUCUUUGUCGUCCUCGUGCGUCUCUCACCCGUCUUCUGACACUAUUCCGUUAUCUGAUACCUGUUUAGAAAAUGCUGCAACAAAAAUUUUUGAAGAACCUGUAAAUGCUAAGAAUCUUCCAAAAGAUUCGAAAAAAGAGUUGUACUCUUGUCAUGAGACCAAUGAACCGUUAAUUAACUUUGACUGUCAAAAAAAUACGUGUACGCGAAAAAUUCAGAAUUCCCCACGUGAAAUGAGGCUAUCUUUUAAAAGACCAUUAGUAAAACGCUGUCGUCCUCAUUGUCAUUUUAAAACGAAUGCAACCAAUAUUAUCGACUCCACGUGUAACACAGAGGAAAGAAUCAAGUACACUCGUUUUGUAGGAUUCCCCAAAAUCAUGUGUUGUAUUACUGGCCGAUCCUUAGUUCCUCCAGAUUAUCAACUCCCACUACCUAGUCUUGAUAUUGGCGAUAUUUCAGUUGAAUAUUUCAAUGUCGAUCGUUUUCUAGGACGCGGAGGGAAAAUUCGUUUGUUUCUAUGUAUGAAGAAAAUAAGACAUUCAUAUCAUGCUUAUAAUUUGAAUUCAUUUCGUUCAAUUGAGAAAAGACAAUGUGAACUCAUUCAAACGGGAUUGAGUCCUACAGGUCACUUCCCCAUCUUAAUUCAUAAUGGUAAAACGUUUUGUGAAACACAUGUUAUUUUAAGAUACUUGGCAAAGCAUCUAAACGAAUACGGUUCGCAAAUGAGGAGUGAAGACUAUUUCGCUGAUAUGCUAAUGGAAAAGCUUAGUUAUUGGACAGAUGAUUUGAUGGAAGCCAUAAAAGAAAUACUUCAUUCGUGUUGUCGUCAAAAUAUAUUGAUCUACUUACAAAGACGUCUUGGAUACUACAAACUUAUUGAUGUACUACUUUUUAAAAUACGGUCAAUCUGGACCACAACAAUUGAACAAAAAGAAAAUUCGACCGACGUUCGGAACGAAUGGAUUUCCACGUGGUAUGACGCUGCGGUGGCAGCAACAUUAUUUGACGAUAUGCAGCUUAUAGCAUUCAUCUAUGAAACCAAUCAACUAUAUCCUCUUUUAUACAAAAUCAAACAACAUCUUCCAACAUAUAACCAAAAAGUAAUUCUUCAGCAUUUUUUAUUAGAUUAUCAAGGAAAAGAUGCAGCAAAACAUAAAUUUCCCAUGUUAUUUGAGUAUUUUUUAAAUGUGACCAAUUCACCACACGUGUUACAAUUAAUGUGCGAAUGCGAAAUGGCACGAAGAAUGUAUGCUAUCCAUUGUCAAUCCAAUCAUCAGCGUCUCAUUUCCUAA